GCUGCGCAGUCUAAGCGCACCCCAGCAGGAAAGCAAGGGGACAGAGAGGAGCCCUCUGGCACUGUCGCUGCACCGUGGGCCCCCACCAUGGCGCUGGGCUUGGAGCAGGCGGAGGAGCAGCGGUUGUACCAGCAGACGCUCCUGCAAGACGGGCUCAAGGACAUGCUAGACCACGGCAAGUUCCUCGACUGUGUGGUGCGGGCGGGAGAGCGCGAGUUCCCGUGCCACCGCCUGGUGCUGGCCGCCUGCAGCCCCUACUUCCGGGCGCGCUUCCUAGCUGAGCCAGAGAGUGCAGGCGAGCUGCGCCUGGAGGAGGUGUCACCGGACGUGGUGGCCCAGGUGCUGCACUACCUGUACACGUCGGAGAUCUCGCUGGACGAGGCGAGCGUGCAGGAUUUGUUCGCUGCGGCACACCGCUUCCAGAUCCCGUCCAUCUUCACCAUCUGCGUGUCCUUCCUGCAGAAGCGCCUGUGCCUCUCCAACUGCCUGGCCGUCUUCCGCCUCGGCCUCCUGCUCGACUGCGCGCGCCUCGCGGUGGCUGCCCGCGACUUCAUCUGUGCGCACUUCACGCUGGUGGCGCGCGACGCCGACUUCCUCGGCCUCUCGGCUGACGAGCUCAUCGCCAUCAUCUCCAGCGACGGCCUCAACGUGGAGAAGGAGGAGGCGGUGUUCGAGGCGGUGAUGCGGUGGGCGGGCAGCGGCGACUCCGAGGCGCAGGCCGAGCGCCAGCGCGCGCUGCCCACCGUCUUUGAGAGCGUGCGCUGCCGCCUGCUGCCGCGCGCCUUCCUGGAGAGCCGCGUGGAGCGCCACCCUCUCGUGCGCGCCCAGCCCGAGUUGCUGCGCAAGGUGCAGAUGGUGAAGGACGCGCACGAGGGCCGCAUCACCACGCUGCGCAAGAAAAAGAAGGGGAAGGAGGCAGCCGGGGCUGAGGAGGCCAACAAGGGCGCAUCCGAAGCCAAGGAGGACGAGGAGGACGAACGCGUCCUGCCUGGGAUCCUCAAUGACACCCUGCGCUUUGGCAUGUUCCUGCAGGACCUUAUCUUCAUGAUCAGCGAGGAGGGCGCUGUGGCCUACGAUCCAGCAGCCAAUGAGUGCUACUGUGCCUCCCUCUCCAACCAGGUCCCCAAGAACCACGUCAGCUUGGUCACCAGGGAGAACCAGGUGUUCGUGGCUGGAGGACUUUUCUACAACGAGGACAACAAAGAGGACCCCAUGAGUGCUUACUUCCUUCAGUUUGACCACCUGGACUCAGAGUGGCUGGGGAUGCCACCGCUGCCCUCCCCACGCUGCCUCUUCGGCCUGGGAGAGGCUCUCAACUCCAUCUACGUGGUCGGCGGUCGAGAGGUCAAGGACGGCGAGCGCUGCCUGGACUCGGUCAUGUGCUACGACAGGCUGUCAUUUAAAUGGGGGGAAUCGGACCCGCUGCCUUAUGCCGUGUACGGUCACGCGGUGCUCUCCCACAUGGACCUUGUCUACGUCAUUGGCGGCAAAGGCAGCGACAGGAAGUGCCUGAACAAAAUGUGCGUCUACGACCCCAAGAAGUUCGAGUGGAAGGAGCUGGCGCCCAUGCAGACCGCCCGCUCGCUCUUUGGUGCCACCAUCCAUGACGGCCGCAUUUUCGUGGCGGCUGGGGUCACCGACACAGGGCUGACCAGCUCUGCCGAGGUGUACAGCAUCGCAGACAACAAGUGGGCGCCCUUCGAGGCCUUCUCGCAGGAGCGCAGCUCGCUCAGCCUGGUCAGCCUGGCGGGCACCCUCUAUGCCAUCGGUGGCUUUGCCACCCUGGAGACGGAAUCCGGAGAGCUGGUCCCCACAGAGCUCAACGACAUCUGGAGGUACAACGAGGAUGAGAAGAAGUGGGAGGGUGUCCUGCGGGAGAUCGCCUACGCGGCAGGUGCCACCUUCCUACCUGUGCGCCUCAAUGUGCUGCGCCUGACCAAGAUGUGACCGGCCCAGGGGCCUUGAACUAAGCGCCCCUCCCGUCCUGCGGCGCCCACAGACCUGGCGUGGUGGGGGCUCGGAGGAGGAGGCCAGAGCGCCCCUGGAUCCAGUUAUGGUGCCGAGGGGCUGCGCCAGCCAGGAGAGGAAAAUCCCUGUGUGGACCUGGCUUCCGGGCAGGGCCAAGCACCUAGAGGCUUCUCCAGUGUCGCCAUAUCACUCCGGGUCUUCUUGGUCCACAAGCCAGAACCACAGGGGUGGAUCCCAGGUGCACCCUGGCCCUGCCCCAGCCGGGCCGUGUGUGCCACAUGAGUCCCCACAGAUGGGAGCGUCCCCAUCGAGCGCACCUUGCAGCUUGGAUGAGUCUCCUUUGCUGAGAAGAAUAAAGUGCCUUCCGAGCAAGCA